AUUCAUAUCCGUAUUAUCCUCCAGGCUGGCUCUGGAUGGGAACUGCUAGUUUGUUUUGAUCAAUCGUCUUGACCAAGGUCUUUUGUCUCGUUUAUUUGAACACAUUACAACCCCAUUCACGGUAGCGCCACUAUUGGCGUCACUUACACAGCUACCUACACACUUGGAGCCAAACUCUACCCAGCUCAUCUGUGUGUGUGUCUGCUUAUCAGUCGCACCAGCCAAGAACCGCCGCCCAGAAGUGCCGCAACCGGCGCCAUGGGUGAGCAGGAUAGCGCCCGUCUGGCUGAGGCUGCCGACGGCGAAGACCACCAGUCCGAAUCGACGCCGCUGCUUUCCCCUGCCGUCAGGCUCGGCAUCCGUGCUCCCUCGCCGCCGCCGCCGGCCCAACAUAUCAGCAAUGGCAAGCAGCAACACCACCACCACCGUCACCACCGCCAGAAGCCAGCGCGCCUUUACCGCCGCCGGGUCCUGGUCACGCUCUUCUCGGUCCUCAUCCUGAUCGAGCUCGGCACCGUCAUCAUCCAGGCGCCCAUCAACGCCAUCAUGGAGGACAACAUCUGCCGGCAGCACCUCGCGCUCGGCGGCGGCGGCGGCCCCGCGGCCGACAGGGGGACCGACCUGGGGCCGGGCCUGCUGCUCGACGACCCACGCUGCAAGGACGCCGACGUGCAGGGCGAGCUGGCCAUGGUGCGCGGGGCGCAGCUGGCCUUCGACGUGGUGCCCAACCUGGCGGGCGCCAUCCCCUACGGCCUCGCGGCCGACAUGUACGGCCGCAAGCCCGUGCUGGCCCUGGGCCUGCUGGGCGUGUGCCUCGGCUACGCCUGGACCGCCGCCGUGCUGGCCCUGCCGUCGGUGCUGCCGCUGCGCGCCGUCUACCUGGCCUCGGCCUUCACCUUCAUCGGCUCCUUCGGCUGCGCCGGCAUCGCCCUCUUCUGGACCUUCCUGGCCGACGUGACGCCCCAGGCCGCCCGCGCCGGCGUCUUCUUCCACGCCGCCGUCGCCUUCCUGGUCGCCGAGAUGGCGGGCGGGCCCUUGUCGGCCUGGCUGCUGACCAGGAGCCCCUGGCUCGCCAUGCUGGUCGGCCUAGCCGCAUCGUUUGCGAGCAUUGUCGUCAUGUACUUCGUGCCCGAGACGCUGGGCCUUCGGCUCGACGAUGACGACGGCGACGACGGUGGCCAGGAGGGGUCCCGCCGCCCCGAGUCCAUCAUUGACGACGACGACGACGACGACGACGGCGACGGCGACGCGCCCCUGCUCGACCCCACCAAGCCCGCCGACCCCGACGCCGCCUCCUCCUCCUCCUGGCCGGUCCUGCGGCGCACCCUGACCCUCGCGGGCGCCAGCUUCCGCGAGCUGUGGGUCUUUGUGCUCGGCAACUCGCGGCUGGCGGUGCUCAUGGUGCCGCUGGCGCUGUUCCUGCUCGGGCGGCUGGCGCAGGAGUCGCUGCUGCAGUACGCCACCAAGCGCUACGGCCUGACGUGGGCCGACGCCACCAUGCUCAUGACGGCCCGCAGCCUCGCCAACCUCGUCCUCUUCGUCGCCGUCUUCCCGGCCCUCGGCCGCCUCUGCCUCGGCCGUCUGCGCAUGUCGCCCCUGCGCAAGGACCUGUCCCUCGCCCGCGUCGCCGGCGCGGUCGGCACCCUGGGCGCCCUGCUGGUCGCCGUGUCGCCGACGCCGGGGGCUCUGAUGUGCUCCCUCAUCGUCUUCUCCUUCGGCUACGGCUUCGCCCCCUUCAUCCGCUCGCUCCUCAACGCCCUCGUCGAGCAGCGCCACCUCGCCAUGCUCAAUAGCUGCAUCUCCUUCCUCGAGAUGUGCGGCACCCUCGUCGCCGCCCCGGGCCUGUCGGCCGCCCUGGGGCUCGGCGUCCGCCUGGGAGGGCCCUGGGUCGGCCUGCCCUUCAUGCUGGCCGCCCUCGGCUUCGCCGCCGCCACGGCCACCGUCUGCGCCUUCAGACUGCCCCCGGACGCGGACGACGAGGCGCAUCCGUCGGAGCCGGGACUGGAGCCGGAGCCGGAGCCGGAGCCGGAGCCCGCGCGCCGGAGCCCGUACGGCACCGGGGAUUGUUGAGUUGAGAGACUGACGAUAUAUAUAUAUACUUCCUGUAUAAAACCUAGAUGGAGGUGCCGCCAUGCCGCCAGGUAUUCUUAGUUUUCCGACGAUAAUACCCAUUUGUUCAUCCGAUGUAUUCAUUUUAUAUUCUCCUAACUGGCCAUCUCUUUUCUCACUUCUUUCUUCCACGGCCCUUAUGUAUCCACCACGUACAAUUUAGAACACGUAGAUGCUGCGAAGCUCGCCUUUUUUUUUCUCCCACCACACAUCCAUACAGCAAUGAGUAUGUUCUACCCGCGUCCGGCGUCUAGCUGAAACGACCAGACUAUGCCGACAACCCCAUCUGCCUACCUGGACCACCAUGGACUCUUCUCCCGCGCCCCGACGUACCUCUCCGGACGAGGUCCUCUCCCAGUUCGCCGAGCGCGGGUCCGUUGGCCGCGUGUUCGUGAAGCAGCUCGCGAGUGUUUUGCGUCUGAUUCGUCGUCGUCCAGAGGGGGGACUUAUCCCGUCCUGUCCGCUUUCAAGCCUGAAG